AUGUCUGACGCAGGAGGAAAAUGGAAAUUGAAUGAUUCUAAAUCUUUCAUUUACAGAGAUGUUCAAGUGGCUCCAGCCGCCAUCGCCCAGGGACCAAUGGACAAGGAACAGGCCUUGAGAGCAGUCCUUCGUGCCGCCCAUCACGCCGAUGGACUCGCUAAGGGACUCCACGAGACCUGCAAGGCUCUUGACAAGCGUGAGGCUCACUUCUGCGUUCUCGCCGAGAACUGCGACGAGGAGCAAUACGUCAAGCUCGUCGAGACCCUCUGCGCCGAGCACCAGAUCCCACUCAUCAAGGUCGCCGAUAAGAAGAUCAUCGGAGAGUAUUGCGGACUCUGCAAGUACGAUAAGGAAGGAAAGGCCCGCAAGGUCGUCGGAUGCUCCUCCGCUGUUGUCACCAGCUGGGGAAAUGAAGAGCAAGGACGCGCCAUCCUUACCGACUACUUCAACUCCAAGAACUAA